AUGAUGGGCACCGGCAGUUCAAUCGAGGGGCACCUCCGAGAUCAAGCCAAACAGAAAUACAUCGGGUCAGCCAUGACCUCCCAUGCCCUGGGAGAUCAACAAUACCUGGAUAUAUUAGGCCAGGAGUUCAAUUGCAUGACACCUGAGAAUGAGAUGAAGUGGGGAUUACUGGAGACCAGUAAAGGACAGUAUAACUGGAAAACGGCCGACAAAAUGGUGGAGUUUGCACAGACACAUGACAUGAAGAUUAGGGGACACACCUUCCUAUGGCACACUGAGUUACCUUCGUACGUGAGUGCACUUGAUGGCAAAAAGGCUGAGCUCGAGAAAGUGGUCAAGGACCAUAUUAAUACAGUGGCCGCACAUUUCAAAGGUAAGAUCUACGCGUGGGAUGUCGUCAAUGAGGUGCUCAAUGAGGACGGGUCGGGCAAUAAGCUGAGGGACAGCAUAUUUUCGCGAACUCUAGGCUCCGGUUUCAUUGAGGAGGCUUUCCGUACGGCACACGCGGCCGACCCUAACGCCAAGCUAUACAUCAAUGACUACAGCAUCGAAGCCAAGGAUAAAAAGUCGGACGCAUUAUACGAGUUGGUGAAGGGCUGGAAAGCUAAGGGUGUGCCCAUACAUGGGGUCGGUAUGCAGGCACACUUCAAGGAGGGUGAGGUUCCCGCAACCCUUCAGGAAAACAUUAAACGGUUUUCCGAUUUGGGAGUGGAUGUGGCUAUUACUGAGCUUCAGGUUAGGUAUCUAAUGCCUGCCUCAGCUGAUAAG